CGUUCUUUCCUCUCAUCCUCUGCUGCUUUGCUGUUCUGUUGUCUGUUUCUCUGUUUCCCUUCCUUUCCACAUUUUGACUCCCCGAACCCCUCUUUCCUUUUGGUUGUUGUUGCUGUCAACCCCACCACCUCUGCUUUCCAUCUCCAUCUUAUCCUCUAUUUUUGUCUUCCUUUUUCCACUACCUGCUCUUUUGGAUAUCGGAUACACGCCUCACCUUCCCAUUACUCUCUGUUCUUUCUCCCCUCUUGAUAAAUUCCAAAGACCCCCUCUUUUCUCUCCUUCUCUUCACUCGUUUCAUUGCUCUCUCUCUCUUUCCGUUUCCCUCUGGCCCUCCCCCUCCUUUUUCAUGUCCCCCCCCGCCCUCCAUCCUCUCUUUCCCUCGCUGGAUCAGUUAGUCAAAGAAGAGAUUCACGGAAGGAGAGAAAAGGGGGGAAAGGCAGGACGAGAGUGAGAGCGUAGGAGUGGGGCAGGCUGGGGAGAGGGGCGUGGGGUCUCAGCCCUCUGUUGUGGGGGGUUGGGGGGGUUGAGAUACACCCCAAUAUUUUGUUCUAAGUACCAUGGACUGCCUCUGCAUUGUGACUACAAAGAAAUACAGGUACCAGGAUGAGGAGACGCCCCCCUUGGAGCACAGUCCAGCACAUCUGGCUCCAGGGAAAAGUGCAGAGAUGCUUCAUAUGAGCGACAAGAACCUUGCUGCCAUGGAGGCCAUACAUGGCUACACGCCGCACACACACAUCUCUCCUGUCAAGCCUGUGUUGAUGUCCACGGGACACACUCCAAUGUACACCUCUGCAGUUUCCACACUGGGAAACACUCCUCCAGUGGUGGUGAACACUGACACACUUGAUGGCUCUCCAUAUGUAAAUGGGACAGAGGGAGAAAUUGAGUAUGAGGAAAUUACUUUGGAAAGAGGCAACUCCGGCCUGGGCUUCAGCAUAGCAGGGGGUACAGACAAUCCUCACGUAGGGGACGACCCCAGUAUCUUCAUCACCAAAAUCAUACCAGGAGGUGCCGCCGCUCAGGACGGACGACUCAGUGUGAACGACUGCAUCCUUUUUGUGAAUGAUGUGGAUGUGAGGGAGGUGACACACAGCCAGGCUGUGGAGGCCCUGAAGGAGGCAGGUGCUAUUGUCCGCCUCUACGUUCUCCGCAGAAAACCAGCAGCAGAAAAAGUCACUGAAAUCAAACUAAUCAAAGGGCCUAAAGGAUUAGGUUUCAGCAUUGCUGGAGGGGUGGGAAACCAGCACAUACCAGGAGAUAACAGCAUCUACGUCACCAAGAUCAUCGAAGGAGGGGCGGCUCAUAAAGAUGGCCGCCUGCAGAUCGGUGACAAGAUCUUAGCGGUGAACAAUGUGUGUCUGGAGGACGUGAUGCACGAGGAUGCGGUGGGAGCUUUGAAGAACACAGCCGAGGUGGUGUACCUUAGGGUGGCGAAGCCAAACAACCUCUUUCUGACGAACUCCUACAACCCACCAGACCUUACCAACACAUAUUCCCAUAUGGAUACCGAGCUUAGCCACCCGAACUAUCUUGGAUCAGAUUACCCCCAAGCCCUCACCCCCACCUCACCCAGUCGCUUCUCCCCUGUUCUGCAUGGCCUGAUGGGAGAUGAUGACAUACCUAGAGAACCACGGAGAGUCUUGAUCCACCGAGGUUCUACGGGUCUGGGCUUUAACAUUGUUGGGGGAGAGGAUGGAGAGGGCAUUUUUAUCUCCUUCAUCCUGGCAGGAGGGCCGGCCGACCUCAGCGGGGAGCUUCACAAGGGCGAUCAGAUCCUGAGUGUUAACGGUGUGGAUCUGCGCAUGGCUACCCAUGAACAGGCCGCAGCGGCUCUGAAGAACGCAGGCCAGACUGUAACCAUCAUUGCUCAGUACAGGCCUGAAGAGUACAGCCGUUUUGAAGCUAAAAUCCAUGACUUGAGGGAACAGCUGAUGAACAGCAGUAUGGGCUCCGGGACAACAACACUAAGGAGUAACCCAAAGAGAGGCUUCUACAUCAGGGCUCUUUUUGACUAUGACAAGACAGCAGACUGUGGCUUCCUCAGUCAAGCCCUGGGCUUCAGGUUUGGGGAUGUACUGCAUGUGUUGGACUGCGGAGAUGAAGAAUGGUGGCAGGCCCGUAAGGUCAGCCCGCAGAAUGAAGCUGAGGAGGUUGGCUUCAUCCCCAGCAAGCACAGGGUGGAAAGAAAAGAGUGGUCUCGUGUUAACACUAAAGAGAGGGACCAUGGUCGAGACAGCUUGGGCACCCAAGGGAGGGAUAAAACCCCACACAGUUAUGAGACAGUUACUCAAGUGGAAGUACAUUACGCCAGGCCCAUCAUCAUUCUGGGUCCGGUGAAGGACAGGAUAAAUGAUGACCUGUUAUCUGAGUUCCCUGAUAAGUUUGGAUCCUGUGUCCCCCACACCACGCGGCCCAAGAGGGAUUAUGAGGUGGACGGGCGAGACUACCAUUUUGUGUCGUCUAGGGAACAGAUGGAAAAGGACAUCCAGAGCCACCGGUUCAUCGAAGCAGGCCAAUAUAACAGUCACUUGUAUGGCACCAGCGUGCAGAGCGUCCGCGAGGUGGCUGAGCAACAGGGGAAACACUGCAUAUUGGAUGUUUCUGCUAACGCUGUGCGUAGACUACAAGCUGCUCAACUUCAUCCCAUUGCGAUCUUCGUCCGGCCCAAGUCACUGGAGAAUGUUCUAGAAAUCAACACUCGAUUGACAGAGGAGCAGGCUAGGAAAGCAAUGGACCGAGCCCUGAAACUAGAGCAGGACUUCCUCGAGUGCUUCUCAGCUGUCGUGGAAGGGGAGAGCUUUGAAGAGGUUUAUCACAAAGUAAAGACAGUGAUCGAGGAGCAAUCAGGGCCUUACAUCUGGAUUCCCACUCGGGAGAGGCUGUGAUGCUGCAACCGCUGACCCCUGUCCUUGCCUCUCGACCCUCACAACCACAGACCACCACCGCCCUUCACCCCUCACAGCCGAGCCAGCCGAGCCUGCCUGCCCGUCUGUCCGCCCAUCCUCCAGCGAAGUCCGUGCUUAGGCAAUCACUGCUUAACGACACAGAGAGACAAAUGCCUACAAAGAGCAAGAGAGCACGGGAACUGACACUGCAAGACGUGUAAGGAGACCAAAAAAGGAGAUUUUUUUUUUUUUUCGAAAGCGAUGAACAAACUAAUGUUUAGUUAAACUGAAAGAGAUUGGGGGAACAUAUUUUAGUGUAAUUUCACUUUAAUGAAGGCGUACUAUUUAAGAUCAGUUGGUAUUUAGCAUUAAAAUGCACGCUGGUUUUAAACCAUGGCUUCACCAAAAUAAAUCAGCCAAAUUAACUUACAUGCAACAAAAACAGAGUUUACGAGCAGAUAAAGGUUUCUGCCAUCAUCCCAACUCAGAAAGCCACUUUUGGCAGAUUUUAGCUGCAUUUUGAUCUCAGAUGUGAACUACAGUCCAUGUUGUGGGGAUCUGUUAAAGAAUAUAGUUGUGUUUGAGCAGAGAUUGGAGUAAAGCAGAGAAUGGACCUCACCCUCUCUGCGUAUCUCAAAUCUCUGCCCCCGCUGAGCACCUCCAUGAGAUGGCGAUCCCUGGGAUGGAGAUGCUAUAAAAAGAGCCUUUCAGGAUCUCUUUUUGAAAAGCACCCCGCUAACAUCUUUGGAGAGAGCUUCAAAUCCUGGUGAAAUCCCCCCUUGACCAGGAGUCUUUUUUCAGCACUUUUGCUAAUCUAUUUUUGGUUCUUGGUACACACUUGAAAUAACAUCUCUGUAACCAAGACAAAUGUUUCUUCUGUUGCCCAUUUUAAAUAUUGUGAGGCAGAUUUUUAAAGGCAUUGUAAUUCAUUUUGAAUAAACGCUCAUUAUGCCGAAGCAUGCAUCCUUAUUGAUGGCGUUAUCGGAGAAAAACAGAGGAGAAAUCAGUAUUUGAAAUAGGAAAAACUCACAGUUCCCUUGCAAAAAUAUUCCAACUCUCUGACAUUUUCUCAUGAUUAAAAACCCAAUGUUAACAGAUUGAUCUUACGAUUUAGGGACGAACAGAAAGUGGUGCAUAAUUGUGAACUGGAAGGAAAAAUAUUCAUGUUCCCGUUUAAAUAUGUGUGUGAAAAUCUAUUUUACAGCUUUUCAAGAGAUUUAAAGGGUAUUUAUUAUUACAUUUACCCACUCAGAUAAAUAAUUAGUCUUUAAUCUAAAUGUUUGCUUUCAUGACACUGAUAUUAGGUUUAAUCACAGCUGGAAAAUACUCAUCCUCCAGUGGAUCGUCCCCAGGAUUUCCCUUUUCCCCAUCUAUCUCCCACUCAGGUCUGAGCAGCUUUGAUGUCGCUGUUUAAGAAAAAUAUUCUUACGAUAUAUUUGGAAUCUGUUUGUGUUUUUAUAAAACACAUAGCAUUUGGCAAAAAAGUUAUUCCACUUUUGGGAUAACACUUAUGUGGUUUGUUGUAAGCUAAUAAUUAGACAUGUUAUGGGUUUGAUUACGUAUUUUUAUUAAUCAAAAAUAAAAUUACAUCCUUUUGUUUCCUUUUUACUAUUACGCAUCACUUUCUGUUAGUGUUAACAGGAUACUUCAAAGUUUGAAGUGUGUGGCUGCCUGACAAAAUGUGGAAAUUCUUUAAGGGAAGGGAAUGCUUUUACAAGGUACUGUUUAUUCUUCUCUGCCUCUUUUCUGUGAAGGAGGGUUUAAGCAUGUCUGAUAAAGGAAGAGGAACAAAGAGAAACAGCCAAGGGAGGCCGACCCUGAGUGAAAACACUAGAUGCUCUGACACGGUUUAGCCUGUCCUUAUGCACACACGCACCUGCACACAAACACACCUACAGCCUUGCAGCCAAUCCAGUGACCCUCACACACACAAGGAGUUGGAAGCUCAGCUGUACAGUAAACCUGGCACACCCCUCUGCAGCUGUUCUGACCUGCUUGUCAGGACCCAGGAUGAAUGUUAUCUCUCUCUCUGCACAAACAGCAGAAGCUGUCGGCUUCACCUGGCCAGUCAUUCGUCCAGGAGACCGCUUUUCAAUGCGCAGACGCACACACACUUUCCAGUGGCCGCGGUGCUAGCCAUGGCAUGUGUGGCGCAUCUGUACGCAUCUUUGCACAGCUGUGACAUGUGGAGACUCCUCUGUGUGUGUGGGGAGGAACAGGUCUUCUUUUAUUCUCUCUCUUCCACUUUUCUCUGCUUUUUUCUCCCACUUGAGUCCAAACAAAUUAAAUAUGUCAUGUUUGAAGACUAGAAAAAAAGGCCUCUAUAUAUAAAUAUAUAUAUAAAUAUAUAUCUUUUUUAUGACAAUUUCUAACAGGAAUAAGUCUGUAAAGAGAAAAAUCAACAUUUCCAAACAAUAUUACAAUGAUUUAUUUGUGUAAUAUUGCAUUGUGAUUGUUGGUUUUACCCAUAUUCUCAUUUUAUUGUUGCUGAACAGAGCAAAAAGCUACACAGACAGAAAAAAGGAACCGUUUAAGGCUGAUGUAAAGCAGACCUCCCACUAGAGCUUUGAUCUGACUUAAAUAUGAUGCGAUGAUGUUUGGAAAAGAUGAACUAAUUGAAAAACAUGUGCAAUGCAGCUGUCUGUCUUUGUGUGACUGAAUGCGUGUGUUUGCUGCAGGAGAACGUCCAUUAUGUAUAAAAUAUAAAUGAUGCUAUAAGAGGAAUCCAGCUUAUGGUUGUUAUGAUGUAUAAUACAUAAAGUAUGAGCCUGCAGGUGUGUGAAUGAGAGAGUGAGACACACAUGUGAGGAUACGGUGCAAUACUGCUAUGAUGUUAUGCAAUGAAGAUGGUUUUAUUUGUAGGAUUAAAAGUAUAUCUAUAAAGAUUGCACAGAUGGAUAUUCAACACGGGAAAUGACAGCAGGACAGAACAAGGAAUCUGAUUUUUAUGAGCAUGUGUUUGUAUUAUAUGUUCUGAAUUAGAAGAGUGAAUACGGAAGUAUUGAUGGAAAUAACCAUAUUUAUUGUUUUCUUUACCUGCUUCUCUCAGCCCGAAGUGGAACUGCUGAGAUUUGAUGAAUGACAGUUUUUGCUUUUGGUUUACAGGUGCAUGUGAAUAAAUCUGAAAAAAUAAAUUUUAUGAUCAAAAGUUACUUUAUUUCUGUAAUUCAGUUCAGAACGGAGAACUCGUAUUUAGAUUAAUGACAAACAAACUAAAAUAUUUCAGACUUUUAUUUCUCUUAAUUUUAUGCUUAUGGCUUGCAUAGGAUUCAAUUACUUGGAACAGAUGAAAGCCUUUUUGAUAAUAAAAGAAAGAUCACAACCUACACAAUCAUUCGGAAGACUGUUGGCACAUUCUUCUUCAGACAAUCAUUGACACCCUCUACAAGGUGGGUAAGCUACAAAACAUAUUUGCAAAAGUAGCUUGAUGUUUACAGAAGGCUGUGUCCAUGAAAACUAUAGGAAAAGAUAGUGGAAGAAAAAAAGUUUAUUAGAAAAGGCUUUAAAAAACACUUUAAAUUGCUUUGAGAUUCAAAGCCCAUUUAAGAAUAAAAAAUGUGGACAGUGAAUGUUUACAGCGCUGCCCCACAGACCAAACCAGGAGACAGGCUGCAAAUGUUUUAGCACCAGUCGAUAUCAAAUUUUUGAUGCUAAUUUAGUUUUUUUUACCCCCUCUGUCAAAAAUACCAACUCCUGUUUUAAUAUCUAUGAUAUUGUUGUCUGCAAAAGGCCAGUUGAUAGAUUUUUAUCCUGUCAACAAUCUAUUUACAAGGCAAAGAUAAAAAAUUUAAGCAGACAAUGCAACCAUCUCCUCAUGCAGCGUAUCAUCAAUGCAAUGUAAAUUCAUCAGAAAGUAGGUUGGUAUUUUUCCCUUGCUUCCUUUUUUUUUUUUUUUUUUUCUUGCACCCACUCUCCUAAAACUAUAUUUUAACUAUAAAUGCUAUAAAUGUGGAGAAAUUGCUUCCUGGGUUUAGCUGUGAGCCAUAAUCAUCAGAAUUAACAGAAAAAAACUCUACAAAUAGAUCAGAGUCUUAUGAAGCUACUUACCCAAUGAGAUUCACUUUUUUAAAUGUAAUUACUGAAAUAGAAAAGCUCUGCUGAUUUUCUGCUUUAUUGAGAUGCAUCUGUUUUAUUUAUUAAGAACUGUCACUAAAACUCCAUAUUGAGUCUGUAUAUUUUUGUAGCUUUUUUUUUUUUUUUGGUCCCCUGUGUUAAGAAAGCUCUUGGGUCUUGGAUGCAAAACGCUGUAAAUACAAAUAAUGUUUGGUUUUUCCGUGUGGCUCUCGGCGAUCACUAAUGCGAUCCUUAAUGGAACCAAAUACGAGAAUCCUCCAUGGGAGCCACAGGCCCAGUUUAACUGCAUUUACACACUAUGGGUGGGAAAAAGAAAACACAUGCACACACACACAUAUAAACACACAAACAAACUCACCAUGUCUCCACAUGCAUUUACAUUUUCUACACUCACAGAAGCGACAACACACUCAUUGAUUGAAUAAUAUGUUUUCAUUUUCUUUCUUUGAGGGUUUCAAUGUAUUUCUUAAUAUCUCUCUCAGCCAUCCGUAUCAUAGUGUGAUAUUCCUUAUAAAGUAUAUGAAUUUUUACAGAAAAGACUGAUUACAAAGUUACAACUGAAGCAGAAGAAUAUAUUCAAUAACGAAACUAUGAAGCAAAAUAAAAUGUUCCAGUUCAGUGAAGCGCUUGUUGUAAAUUAGCUAUAAAAUAAUAAAAUUGAUUUAAAAAUGCUUUCUGAA